CGGGUUUGUACAACAGAAGUGAUUGGUCGAACAAUAAAACAAGUUAGGCUGACAUGGUGCAAACCUACAAGUGUUUGCUGUUUUCUUUUGUAAUUUAGUCGUACAUACAUUCAAACUAAAGUCAUCGAUUUAGAAAAGCAAAUACAGCGGACUGUUUGAUGUCUUCUAUAAAGGGAGUCAGAUUGUUGCUUUGUAGAGCAGCUAUAUUUGUAUAGGAUAGAGGAAUAAGAUACAUGCGAGAAGUGUUCAUUGUGAGGAGUGAGAAUGAAAGGAAAAGGGAAGACCCCUCAACAAGACAGUAAAGACUGCCCACUACAGUUUCCAGACUUAACACCGAUUGACCACACCAAAGAGUGUCACAAAUUCACCCAAGUGUUGACCCGUAACCAGGAUGAUAACCUUGGUCUUGAAGAGCUUGAUACACUGCAGGGAGAUCUUGAACGGCUUCUAGCAUCUGUUGGGAGGCGCCUGAAACUUUUGGAAUCUGAGAUUCAAGUCCUGGUUAACUGGCAGGACAAGAAAGAUAAAAAGCCUCUGACGGUGGGAAAAGUGCAGCCAGAACCUGUCGCAGGAAAACGAGGAAAGGGUGCGAUGGCAGAGGAGCGACCAAGCAAAAAGUUUAAGGACAUGAGUGGCACCAGUAAAGCCACGCAGGCAUCCAGUAGUGUAGCAUCUCCUUUGUCCCGCAGCAAGAGCAAACUUCCGCAGACCAAAGGUGUGGAAGGUGAGGGGGGAAGUUUGUCCACAGAUCUGCCACGAGUGGUAAAGAAUGAGUGUGUUGACCGUUUCUGGCAGGCCAUGGAGGCUUAUUCACGUCCCAUCACCGAUGAUGACAUCCGUUUUCUUGAGGAUCAGCUGCGCAAACAUGAUGAUGAAGAUGCUGCGUACUUCAAAAUACCACCUUUGGGUAGACAUUAUCGUGAUGUGUGGGCAGAAGAGGAUCUUCUUGAGGAAAUGACAGAAGGUGCGAAAGUGAAUGACAAAAAGCGGAUCUCAAAUCACUCAAGUCAGAAUAGCAAUGGACCAAAUGAGGCCUCUGCUUUGCUUAAGAAAGCGGAAAGCAGCAUGGAAGAAUCCCCGUUUGGUCCCCUCACCCAGCGUCUGGUUUCUGCCUUGCUCGAGGAGAAUCUCAUGACUCCAAUGGAUGAUGUGAUGACAGAUAUGGGAGAUAAUGCUGAUGAAGCACCUGCCAUCUCACCACGGAUGCUGGCCAAGCAGCUGAACAUAGGUAACCCAGCCACACUGGAACGGCGCAUACAGCAGGAACUUGAAGAACAAGGCAUUCUAGAGACAGAGGAAGAGGUGGAGGAUGACCCAAGUGAUGAGAUCCUGCAGGAGCUGAAGCAUGCUCAGGCAGAGCUGCGGCCUCUCCUGCAGUGGAAAGUGAAGCACCUUAAGGAUCUGCUGAAGAAAGCCAAAGAGCAGCAGGCUCGACAGCAGCUGUGGAAAAAGUUUGAUGAAUGUGAUGCCAAGUUGCAUGAGGAGUAUCGCAAGCUGACCUUGGCUCGACAGAAGAAGAAGCUCAACCUAAAAAGGGAACGAGAGUCAGUGAAGAAGAUUCUGAAAGAGUGGUGGACAAUAUACCAGACAUUAGACGAAAGCUAUAAUGAAUGAGCUGAUUUCUGUUUAAGUAUCUUUCUACCUGACCUGCCUUCACAUUGAAACAUGAUUGUGAACCUCCAGCCUUGACAAUUUGUCACAAAUGCUGACACAAUCUUGUUUUCCCACAUGUUUGUCUAUUCUAAGGAUGUUAUUAUGAUGGGUCAUGGUGUUGGUCUUGAGAACCUUAUGAACAAGUCUGUGCAGCAAUUAAGCAUCUAUUAGCAUUCAAAUAAAUUACAGGGAUUUUAUUUUUCGUCUGACAUCCAAUCAUUAUUUUUUAUUUUAAAUAAAAACUAGAAAAUGAGAAAGAUUAAUUGGCUGCUGAAACAGAAAACAACUGAUUGUCUUAAGAGCCUCAUUUUUUAUUUUCAUAUUUACAUGAAAAUAUUUUUCCUUAAUCUGAGGAAACAUUAAUGGUGAAACAGGCAAAUUAUUGUUAAAAAGCAUUUGUUUUUGCGAGGCCUUUUGGUCACAACACAUGCUAUCUGCGGUAUGAGGGAAGUGCUCUUACUUUAUACUGUCUUCUGUUAAAACCAUCUGUGUCCAGUUUUGUUGCUUUCCUUGGAAAAACUGUGCAUUAUGAAGAGUAAAACGUGAUGAAGUGUGCAAUUAUAAUUUGGUGUCUUUGCCCACCCUGAUGAAGAGCAAAUAUGUGGCCUGACUGACAGGAUGGGUUCUUUAGAUCUGGAGCUGUAUGGGGCUGUAAGAUUUAUUCAAAAUAUUCCAGGUUCUGGAAAAAAUCUCAAGAAUUGCAAGGUUUGAACGUGAAACAAGCAAGCUGUGUAGUUUUUCGCUGAAGGGCACUUCUAAAUGUUGUUUACUCACUAAAGAGACUACGAUCUGACAUGUCUGGCUUACUGAUUCAUUGGUCUUGCAAUCUCGGCUUUCUCCAUUGGAACAAGUUUAAAACUCCUACUUGGAGUUUGCUUAUUCUUGAAAAUAGUCUUGAAAACAAGACUUGGAGGUUCAUCAUUCAGGUUAGGCAUGCUUGAAUGUGUGAGAUCCCAUGCAUCAAGGAAAGUCACUCUCAAAUGUUAUUGUUUUGAGAUCCUUAGAUUUGAAGGUCACUGCAAUUCCAUGUAUGUAUGAAUAGCAUUUAUGAAGGUUAUCUUUCAGCAUGAGUUUGAGAGAGACUGCCUCUUAAAACUUUGUGCUCCUAGAAAAGAAUAUGCAAGAAGCUCCUGUGCAGAAAUCUGUGUUCCCAGAAAAGAACACACUGGAAGGCCAUGUACAAAGAUCCCAAAUGAAGAACCUGCUUCUUGUGAGUUUUUAUGUUUAUGUGAAUGCUUAAAAAAAUUAUGAUUUGAGAUUUCAUGUUCUUAAGAAUAAUAAAAUACCACAAACAACG